UAAUCAAUACUUCUUAUUAAUUAUGAAGGUGCACUCAUUUAGCUUUAUAUAGAGGUACGUGCGGUAUCGACGUCAGUUCAUAUAAAACUUGUUACUUGUGUGCAGAAAAGUAAAUUUCGAAGAAAAAUGGCUAAGGAUUUAGACGUCGGAAUGAAAUGUAUCAAGUACAUGCUGUUCAUCACUAAUUUUAUGUUUGUGAUGAUCGGUUUCUUAUUGAUUUCUAUUGGAGCAACGAUAACAACAAUUUACAAUGAUUUCGAACUUUUUAUGGAAGACCACUAUUUCAGUCCGGCUGCAUUAUUUGUUGCUAUUGGUGUAAUUAUUUUUAUCGUUGCUUUAUUCGGUUGCGUUGGAGCCAUUAAGGAAAGCACAUGCCUCGUUAAUACGUACGCCACCUUCUUAUUCCUUAUUUUAAUCCUUCAAGUUUCCGCUGUUAUUGCUGCUUAUGCUAUGCGUGGAAACAUUUAUUCUUUGAUCAGCGAGAGAAUGACCGAUACAAUGAGAUAUUAUCCAAAGAAUUCUUAUGUCCAAAACGGAUGGGAUGCACUUCAAUCUCAACUUCAAUGUUGUGGUGUCUACUCUUCAACUGAAUGGGAAGGAUACUUAUCAGGAGCUAAUCUGACUACUGCUGUACCAAACAUUCCAGACUCUUGCAUCAGAGAUACCAUUGACAACAUUCCAUUUUUAGCUGGAUGUUUGGAUCGAUUACAUUUCGUAAUUUCAGAAUGCGCUCUUUUAAUUGGAACCGGUGGAAUUUGCGUCGCUAUUGUUCAAGCUUUGGGAGUUAUUUUCGCCAGUAUGUUAGCGAAAUCGAUUCGUCGCAUUAAAACCGAGGAGGAAUACAAGAAACAACAAAAUCGUAUGAGAUUGUACGCCCAAUUGGCUAAAGGAACCGAUGAAAAACCAACUCCCGUUAUUUACACCGCUAAUAAUGAUUCUACUGAUGCGUAGAUUUUAAUUAAAAAAAAAGAUGUUUAUUAAAUAAUUAAAUAUUCUUACUUAUA